GCGCGCCCUCCCCGCCGCAGCGCAGCCGCCACCCCCGGGAAACCUCGUCACGUGCGUUCAGGCGGCGGAGCAGUGCAGAAUGCCGAGCCUGCACAGCCACAGACAGCUUCGAGAUUUCAGUGUGGUCCAAAUGCAAAGGCCAAACACACACAGACCGGCAACCGGACUGCUGGUGGGCUGCUUGCAGUCAGUACUUACGGUCAGUGUUCUGCUGUUUCCAGUUCCGGUGGCGCUUCAGCCUUUCUGAAGAUAAGGGGAAUGAAGAAGCCACCUCCCCAGCUGUCUUCAUCUGGCAGCAGAUUGAGCAACAGUAUUCUGAGUACUGCAGAGAAGACAACCCAUCAAACCUCAGAUGAUAAGCAGCCCUGUGACCUGUUCAAGACAAGGAAUAGGAUGAGGGACUGUCAUCAGAAAAGCAGCAGUAUAAAUGCUGGCUCAUCUUGGAAUCAAGCACAGCAUUCGAAGACUUCUUCGGAGAAAGGGCAGAGUGGAUCGCAAGGACCCCACAUCUCUGCACAGCUGAGGAGCAGCCUCCUUGGAAUCUCCCAGCCAGCCGCAGACAGACUCGUGGAAACCGUUUCCAUGGAGGGAAGACAGGAGCCUGCAGCGCUCAGCUCCAGGUAUCAGGCUGCCUGUGGAAGCAAACUGUUCCUUGACCUCCACUCCAUGGAGAUCAUUAAAGGAGGUGCUGAUGAGGACAGUGCCAGUGACCUGUCAGACUCAGAAAGAGUGGCCAUCCCCCCUUCUCCGUUCACACCUCCAGAGCUCAACCUCAGAGCUGAAGAGAUCGACCCGGUGUCCUUCAGUCUUCACCCAGAGCCGAGCGAGGCGGCGUCUGGACACUCGUACCCUGACUUUCUUCCGCCUCCUUUCAAUUCCUGGGACCUCCGGGAUAUGGCUGUCGUUCUGAACUCAGAAGGCAGGAGCGAGGCCCUGCCCAGGGCCACGGGAUUCCUUGGGAAGUACAUAGACAGACUUCUGCAACUGGAGUGGCUGCAAGUCCAGACUGUGCAGUGCGAGAAGGCCCGAGCUGCCAAGGCCAAGCCCUCUGGUGCCUCCGGGAUGCUGAAAAGCCCUGGACGGGGUAAACUCCUCACCAGUGCUCUGUCCAAGCCCUUACCAUCCCCAGAAGGGAUUUCAAAGUCAGGCCCUUCUCGAAAGAAAGGUUUCCGCCAUGAAGAGGCCCACCCGUCCUACUAUGCGUUCGAGACUUUACCUAACUCUGUGGAUGGGCCUGGCCGGCCCAGGCUGUGUUCCCAGAAGCGAGGCCCCGAAGCGGAUGGGCCUGGCCGGCCCAGGCUGUGUUCCCAGAAGCGAGCCCCCGAAGCGCGGGUGGACAAGAAGAAAUCAAGCAAGGGCGCCAAGCUUCAGCUCCGAGCUCCGCCCUGCACCGCAGCUGAGGGCAACCCUGCCAUGGAAGCCAAUGGGAACAUCCGAAUUCCCAGGCAAUCUGCAGUGCUUCUGGACCCCGUGGAUUCCUGCAGGGCCUCCAGGACACAGGCACACGUGGACCUGAAGAAAAAGGGCAGUGCAAAUAACUGCGGGUACGCCCCUUCAUCCAGUGAGAAAAAAACUAAAACAAACGGAGCCAAGCAAAGCACAUAUAAGUUAAAGUGACCCCUGAGGUAAAGAAUUAUAAAGACCCAUAGAUGUCUAAAAACAGGGGCUCGCUCCAGCGCAGUCAUGGGCUUGAACCCAUCUGUGGUUACUAACUCCAGCCGGCCCUCAGUUACCCCAGCCUGCCUCAGUAGUUACUUUCCAAUGUCUCAGUAAGGCUUAGUAUUCCAAGUAUAGACAGUCUUAAGCAUUCGAAGGCCCUGUAGGUAAAGAUUAACCCAUGUGUCUGUGACACAAAGGAUUGAAGCAGCAGUUCCAGGCAGCCAGCACAGACAGUUCCAGUUGUCCCUGUCUCUGCAGUGUGUGAAACUGUGUGUGGUGCUUUAAGGGAGACACCCUAGCCUGUGGAGGAAGAAAGGCCCUGCUGGCAUAAACCCUCAAGCAGAGUUUCUGUCUGGUGUCUUUCUCUCCUCUGUCGCCCCAUCCCCCAGCCCCAGUUCCACUCCAGUUAAGGAGCACAUGCAUUUCUAUUUUGAGGGUCAUUUAUCUGAAGCAGUUCCUUUUGCCAGAGGCAAAGGCAUCCGGAUCACUAUCUGCUGCAUUUUAAAAGGCAUUUUAAAGUCCAGGGGUAAUGCUCUAGCCCAUUUCUGAGUUCUCUUAACUGAAGUUAACAUCAUUUGUGGAUUUUUUCCCCCAGAGAGAAAGAGGACGGGGCCCAACCAAAAUGCCUUGGCUUGUUAGACUUUUGGGUAGCCAUGAGCAAUUUGUAGGAUUGCCCAAAUAUAAGUCGUUAAGUUGCUGACUAGGAACAAUAUCCUCUUGCUCCUAAAGGUCUAUUUCCAUUUAUAAGAGCAGGUUUUUCUAAUUAUGCCUGGGGCCAGGGGAGGGAGCAGAGACACAUUUACAGAGACAGACAGGCAGGCAGGUAGAUAGCAGACAGACAGCAUGGGGAGAAUAAAAGGGAGGGGGAGGGGGAGAGGGACGGAGUUACUGGACACUCUCCUGAGUGUUCUUAUCUGGUUGUGGCUUCCUGCCUCCCACACAAGCAUCUUCCUCAGCUGUAUCCCUGUCCUCUCUGCCUGGGGCGCUUUUCUUCAUCAUGCUUCUGCAGACUGACCUUGGUUCUUGCUACACAGACAGUGGUUGUGUGUUAAGGACUGCAGUUAGUAGCUUCAUCCUUUGUUCUGGGCAUGGUGAUUCUUUUUUUUUUUUAACCUUUGAGACAAAGGACAAAGGUUACAUGUUGCAGUUGGAAAUAACAAUGACUUCCACCUGGUUGCCAAGUGUCUGAUAACUGAGAUGAGUUUAUUGUUAAAAACCAGCUGCCGAGGUUAAAUGUCAAACUCUCUGUAAAGCAAGGUUUUUAAUCACACUGAACAACACAUGGACUUUUUUUUCUUCAGCCCUUUUUCUUUCGGACUUUAUUUUCAGAUUCUUUUUGCACUACCCCAUCACACACACACACACACACACACACACACACACACACACACACACACAGAGAGAGAGAGAGAGAGAGAGAGAGAGAGAGAGAGAGAAGAGAGAGAGAGAGAGAAAACAUGUUAUUACAUGGAGGUCUCAUGCCUAUUUAUGUAGCCAAAAAUCUGUUAUGUUGAAGGCAGUCCACAGAUGCAAUGUCCACAUUUGCCCAGAAUAUGCACCUUGUGCUGGGAGAACAACACCACCCCACACCCUCUUCCCACCUGAGGGAUGCCCUGCGUCCACGCCCCACUCCUUGGAGCACAGACUGUGUGUACCAUGGCUGGCAUCUCCCUUAUUCUUUAUCUAGGUUUUUAUUCAGAUCCUUUGGAAGCUUCUGGGACAGUAAAUGUAAGCAGGACAUCAUAUACAUGUACAUACUCAUAUGCUCCCUAAAGUAGCACUAACAGGGUUUCUUUCCUGUUAUGUACCUGUGUGGGUCCCUUAGACCCUGACAGGCGAGGGUGAAGUUCCUUUUCCCUUACUGGAUGUGAGUCUGAGCUGAAGCUGUCACAACUAAGGAAUACAAAGACAGUGAGUCAUGCAUUCAUUCCCAGCACACUUUUACUGAAGUUGGUUCCUAGUCUAGGGACUAGAAUUCAUGUCCUGUGUUUAGACAACCCUAGAAGCCCAAAGUAGUGACUUUGUUUACCUCUUCAGCUGUUGAUUGUCUUAGUCGAACAGUGUUAUUGGAUAGGAUCUGGGUGCUAUUGAACAGCACAGUUUGUUAGAGUCGCAUUGAGUGUCCUUAUUUGAGCACAGCCAUUUCCACAAUCCCUGAAAACAUAGCCACUGUAGGCAGGUAGACAGCAUUGGUCACUGAACUGUGAACUCAAUCAGUUCAAGGUCAAAACAGAGUAUCCAGUUACAGUGACAGAGGGUGUCCUUUUGGAAAUACUUUUUACCUCAGGGAUGGUUACAUGCCCACCCAUUGAAACCAGUCAAACCCAUGAAGAAUGUAAGGAAAACAGUAUUUCAGACUUAAUAACAUCAGUGAGUAGAGGGAAAAAAAUCACCAAAGGCUCUAAGUAUUUACUGCUGACGUAUUGGCCUGGUCCAUCUCCCAAGUCUUAAAUGACCAAAGGGGCUGAAGGUUUGGAACUGACUUGAAGGUCAUAGAGUUUGUGGCCUGUCAUAGCCCAUGAUAGGAGAAGACAGAUGUCACGGUCUUCAUGCAAAAGGAAGGCUCCUUCUGAACCUUGGCCUACUGGAAUCAUGUUCUAGACGGCCUAAGAUAGCUUCUUAGGUGGCUUGCACAUUCUUUAUCUCCCUUUCCAUUCAUUUCCUUAGGUAGAAAUCUGAACUCCUGGUGGUGCUGUAUUCAAGGUAACGGCAGUGGCAGUAUUUGUUGUUUGUGUACGUGUAGACGGUUGUAUUAAAGUGAUCUGUAAACACGUUCAGCAUGUCCAUUUGCUGUUACAGUGCUGUGUGUUUGGUUUUAUAUGUAGAAAAAAACCAAGUCAUGUAAUCUUUUGUGAACUUGGACUUUUCCUUCGCUGAGACAAAUUAAACAAACAUUAUCUGGAA